GUCUCCCUGUCUGUCUUUCCGUCUUUCUGUCUGGUCGAUCAGUGACUCUGUGAUCUCUGCAACCCCUGGGAACACUAGAUUUGCCUUUCCCCUCGAUAGCUCUGGGUUCUGCGGUUGGCCUGUGUGUGUCUGUGUGUAUUGCUUGUGUGUACGUCUGCGCGUGUGUGUGUGUGUGUGUGUGUGCAUGCUGGCUCAGUCACAAUGAAUGGCUGCCCGUAGCGAGGCGAAGGGAGAGAUCGCUUCUGUGCAGCUACUCCAUUGAAACACUUUGCAGCGGAAUACAACAGCGGGCCCCAGCUCCAUCCCAUGCCCCAGCAAGCCGCCGUGCUGCAGCGGUCCCGUCUCCUCUAGAGCCCGCGGACCCGCCAUAGCGUUAUGGCUCAGACGCUACAGAUGGCGAUCCCCAACUUCGGCAACAACGUCCUCGAGUGUCUGAACGAGCAGCGGCUGCAGGGCCUCUACUGCGACGUCUCUGUGGUCGUCAAGGGCCACGCCUUCAAGGCCCACCGCGCGGUGCUGGCCGCCAGUAGCUCCUACUUCCGGGACCUGUUCAAUGCUGGGGGCAAGAGCUCUGUGGUGGAGCUGCCCCCGGCAGUGCAGCCCCAGAGCUUCCAGCAGAUCCUGGCCUUCUGCUACACGGGCCGCCUCAGCAUGAACGUGGGGGACCAGUUCCUGCUGAUGUACACCGCCGGCUUCCUCCAGAUCCAGCAGAUCAUGGAGAAGGGAACAGAGUUCUUCCUCAAGGUUUCAUCCCCGAGCUGCGACUCCCAGGGGCUUCACACCGAGGAAACCCCACCCUCUGAGCCUCAGAGCCCUGUCACUCAAACCGUGGGCGGGGCCUCUGCAGGAGGUAGGCCCACCCCCUGCCUGACCCCGCUGCCCCUGGUCUCCAAGGUGAAGACGGAGCAGGCUGCCUCCACGCCGCAGCAGGAGGGCUCCCCCUACUCGGUGGUCUGCACCCCGGUGGCCAAGCGUCUCUGGGAGGGCAGCAGUCGCGACGGCGGCGGGGGCCUGGGGGGCGGAGGGUCACGCAAGGCCGCCCGCUACUCCGCCGCCGCCUCGGCCGCCGCCCAGGACGGGCGCGGCGGCGGCGGCAUGGUGGGCGGCGUCAUGACUCAGGGGGCGGGCAACGGCGUCAACGGCAACCACAACAACAACAACAACAACAACGGCGUGACGCCCGACGGGACGAGCCCCGGCGCGCUCAGCAUGUACACCAGCGACUCUCCCAUCAGUUACCACGACGACGAGGAGGAGGACGACAUGGCGGACGAGACCGCCGAAGAGCAGUACCGGCAGAUAUGCAACAUGUACACCAUGUACAGCAUGCUGAACGUAGGCGCCACAGUGGCUGGCGAGCGCGUGGAGGCCCUCCCGGACGUGACGGCGGAGUCCGGCGGCGGCGGCGGGGGUCGCGGUGGCCGGGGCAGCCGCGCCCGCCAGGACCUGGCGUCCCUGCCCGCCGAGCUGAUCAGCCAGAUCGGGAACCGCUGCCACCCGCGCCUCUACGAGGAGGGGGACCCCGCCGAGAAGCUGGAGCUGGUCACCGGCACCUGCGUGUUCAUUUCGCGCGCGCAGCUCAUGAACUGCCACGUGAGCGCCGGCACGCGACACAAGGUGCUGCUCAGGCGGCUGCUGGCCGCCUUCUUCGACAGGAGCACGCUAGCUAACAGCUGUGGUACCGGUAUCCGCUCCUCCACCAACGACCCGAGCCGCAAGCCCCUGGACAACAGAGUCCUGCACGCCGUCAAGUUCUACUGCCAGAACUUUGCGCCGAGCUUCAAGGAGAGCGAGAUGAACGCCAUCGCGGCGGACAUGUGCACCAACGCGCGGCGCGUGGUGCGGAAGAGCUGGAUCCCCAAGCUGAAGCUGCUGAUGGCCGAGGGCGACGCCUACUCCGCCUUCCUCGCCGACAGCGUCAAGAUGGAGGCUGACGCCCUGGUGGGGGCGGAGCACGGGUUUGACCCCGCCUCCCUGGAGGCCGUGGCCAAUAGCGACGCGGGGGGCGGGGCCGCCGCGGCAGCAGACGCCCUGCAGGCGGCCGCGGCUGACGGCAGCACUUUGUUCUGAGUGGCGGGACGGAAAGAGAGAGAGAGAGAGAGAGAGCAGCGACAGGAAGUGGAGGCAGGCGCGAUCGCAGCGCCACUCUCCUUCGCCUCGGGUUUGAGGAACAAUUGUUUCUAUUUAAUUUCUUUUUCGUUUAUUUGGUUUCCUGUUUUAAUAGCGUCCUCUCCUCCUCAUGCUUGUUUUUUUGUUUUUCCCCUCCUGUUUAAUUCGAUCUCCAAACAUUUCCUAUGUCCCUGGUUCGAAGAAGAGCGAGAGAGAGAGAGAGAGAGAGAGAGAGAGAGACCGAGGAGGGUGGGGUCGCUCGUCCGCUCUGCAUGUGCGUUCAAACAUCCUACCAUGGGAUGGAAAACAUGUUUUUUUGUAAAUCGAAAUAGUUUACGGUCACGUCUCCUCUCCCCUUAAUGAUGAUACCUUGACAUACAUUCCCAGAGAGCAGGGGCGGUCGGUGUGCGCAUGCGUGUGUCUGUUGCUUGAAGAGAAGAAUGUAGACGCUGCAGAAGAUGGGCGGGUUUGGAAAGAGCCCUCAAAACGCUUUCGGAAAGAAUGAAAGAAGUGCGAGGGUUUGAAAAUGUCGGCUACCACUGUUGUUCUGUUAUUAUCUUGAAUGUAUGCGUGUGGGGCGGGGUUGGGUAGGUAUGUUGGCACCGUUCUUUUUUGGAUGCUAAUCCCCUAAAGUUUUUUCAUUUGACACAGGGCAGUGUGAUUUACUUUGUCCUCUCGAGUGAUGAGCCGUCGCGUGCUGGGCCAAAACUAGCCAAUGCUGUCCGAUAGCGAAGCUCAUCUGCUUUGGAAUUCCGAAUUUCUUUUGAUAUUAUCUACGGUAUCUUUCUCUCCCCCCCACCUCCCAGAAACACCUAUUAUUUUCCCUGAACCUCCUUGAGACCGAUUCUGUCCUAUAAAUGUCUUGCCCUAUAUUUUUAAAUCAUUUGUCGUACCAAUACUUCCAACGGAGCACUGCUCACAUAGUUUGUCGAAGGCGUGGGACAAAUGCACUGUGUUGACGUAGGAUUUUUUUAAAUUCCUAUUUAAAGCGGUUCUGAGAAACGAUUGAAGCAGAACAAGUUAAUGACGAGAUGAGGGCUCCCUGAGUGGGGUUUGUACACAGGUACGCGUGCGCUGUGUCUCCAAUCAAGCUGUGACCUCGCCUUGUGUGUACGCUUGAGCCCCCCCCCCCCCCCCCAGCCGAUCAUGACGGGACCAAUCGCGUAUAUCGGAAAACGGGGACAAAACUGAUGCCCCAGACAAGCUACUGCUUACCGACUGCACGCUCUGCUGGCAUGCGCACAGGUGCUAAUUCAAGCAUUAGUACUCUGUGUGUGAAUGUGUGUGUGUGUGUGUGUGUGUGUGUGUGUGUGUGAACGCGCUUGCAUGCGUUUGGGUGUGUAUCCCUACAUGCACUGUAGCAGAGGGAGGCCAGAUGGCCAGUUUUUUUUACACAAUUGGAGCGCUCAUUCAUCCAUCAAGGCAACGUAAACACCGUGCACGCGCAAGCACACACACACACACCCAUCCACCCACCAGCACACGCUCAUGCACGUUGUGACUGUGGCUACGGGGGGAGUCUGGUCUCGCUGCGGCAGGCAGCCGAGUGGUAACCGGCGGUGGGUGGAGAAGGAUCUCCUCCAUGACAAUCUAGAAGUCUUACUUAGAAUUGGACCUCCCCUGGGAGGUAGACACUGUGUUGGGGGGAAUGUGCACUGAGACUCUGUCUCUCGGCUGGUUGAUUAUUUUUUAGGAUGUUUGCCUGAUGCUGGUAGUGGUCAGAACGUUUUUAGUGUAGGGUUGGUAGGCUUUCUUUGUCGAAGGAAGGGCAACACCUUUUUUUUAAAGCACCUUAUUGCUGCUGCGCCGUCAGAACUGUGUCUCUGUCUGUGUUCUCUUGGUACACACUCUCACUCAAACACACUCAUAACUGCAAUGCCUUGCUUAACCAGUGAUGGGGCUGUCCAUUCUGUUUCUGUAUUGUGCUUGCAUGCUCUUUAAGCUCCAAGCACGGUCAAGGUUGACUGAAAGUGAAGACGUUUUGUGCUUGGCAAAGAGCCGUCUGUCGAGAGAUGAGUCUUGUGGGUGCAGGCCUUGGUCAAAUAUGAGUCUUUUGGGUGCAGUCUAUAGUCCAUUGACUCCUGUGGUUGCAGGCUAUAUUCAGGUGAGUCCCGUGGGUGCAGUCUAUAGUCCAUUGACUCCUGUGGUUGCAGACUAUAGUCAGGAGAGUCCUGCGGGUGCAGGCUAUAGUCAGAAAUGAGUCUUGUGGGUGCAGUCUAUAGUCCAUUGACUCCUGUGGUUGCAGGCUAUAGUCAGGUAAGUCCCGUGGGUACAGGCUGUGGCUGUGAGACCAAGUCAAGAUUGAGGGGGUGGAAAAAAAGAGGCAUUUGCACAUUUGACGUCUCCUUAAAAUGACUUCUUAAAAGCCCUCCCACCGCCUGAAAAACCAAAACAUCAACGUUGAGACAAAAGGAAUGGGGUGGUGGGCCUGGCAGGAGGAUGGAGAGAGAAUAUGGAGAAGAGGAGAGUGAAUCUCCCCAGAGAGGGA